UUUGACUCUCGGGAGCUAACAGCGAGCAGCGGGGGGUAAAAACGCUGCCGCAUGCGCUCUCGCCUCGACUAAAACACACAGGAAGGAAGCGUGAUAGUGGUGAGGCUUUGGCCAGUUGGAUUGAACUCAUUUUAAGUGAAAGCAAGGUGUGCUGGUGGCGACAGGAGCGGGACAGCCCGCCGUGCAGAGCAUGAAGCGGACGGCUGUGGUGGCCAGGCACAAUGGCCUCGUCUCUCCGUUGGGGAACAACAACUCUGGAGCUUCUAGCAUCGUCUCGCCACCCCAUCCGAGAGCUACCAGUAUCCCCGCUUCUGCCGACACCGAUGCGGGCGGUGGGAUGGACGGCCUGCUGGAUUUCUCCAAAGGCCCCACCGUUAAAACGGAGCUAGUGUGCAAAUGGAUUGACCGAACUUCUUCAAGACAGAGGCUUGGGCGGACGGCGACAUCCGUCUGCGAUCAAACUUUCAGCUCCAUGCACGAGCUCGUGGACCACGUCACCACCGAGCAUGUAGCUGCGGGGCUGGAAAGCCUCAGUCACGUCUGUAUGUGGGACGAGUGUAUGCGCGGCGGGAAGGCGUUCAAAGCCAAAUACAAACUCAUUAACCACAUUCGCGUGCACACCGGGGAGAAGCCGUUUUCAUGCGCAUUUCCCAAUUGCGGCAAGAUGUUCGCACGCUCGGAAAACCUCAAGAUCCACACGCGCACGCACACUGGUGAGAAGCCAUUCCAGUGUGAGUUUUGCGAGCGGCGCUUUGCCAACAGCAGCGACCGAAAGAAGCACUCGCAGGUCCACACAGCCUCAAAGCCCUACGACUGCAAGGCAGUAGGAUGCACCAAGUCUUACACCCACCCCAGCUCCCUGCGCAAACACAUGAAGGUUCACAUCAAGUCAUCACCUACCUCUGAAACCCAGGACCUGUACAAUGCCAUCCCUCUUCAACUCCAACAACCUCAUCCGGCUGUCCUCGAGCCCCUUGACCUUAAAAUGAACCACCUCUCUCCAUCACUUACUGACAGAAACACUCAUUUUUCUCUGCUGUCCAAUCACGAAUUGGACCUCCGUUCAGCCAGCGAAGUGGACCAUAAGCUGCUGCUACGGAGUUCGUCUCCGGUAGCGAUGCCUCUGGAUCUCUCUCUUUCAGGCCUGAAGAGCCAGCUGAGCCAGCAGCAGCAGAGCGGCAGGACCCCACGGCGGAGCCAGCGCUCAGUCAACCCAGCCUUACCUCAGUUGUCUAACAUUAAGGAGUGGUAUGUCUGUACCAGGACUACAGCACCACACUUUCCUCUCCUUCACCCAGACCACAUCAAAUCAGAACCUAGUGAUGACGAGGAGUACGUCACGUAAAGUUGAGGGACUGGUGAAAUUUGACUCGCAGAACAGAUCUCAUAUCGUCAGAUCCAGGUCGGGCCAGAACAAGCAGCUGCAUGGUUCCACAUCGGUGGCCCUCGGAGAAGGUCAAAGGGACUGUGUCACAUUAAAAAUGUGUGGAUCAACAGAAACGGCUCAAAUGGUGUCCGAAAGGACGGGAGGAACUCCUGAUUAUGAAACAAAAUGUUUUACUGCAAGUUAUCAGUCAUGGCUAGCUAACCUGAACUAAGAUAAGGAGUUAACUUUGUGCAAGUGGAUCAGCGAAUAUUAAAGAGAUUUGUGUACAUGACGACCUCUAGAGACACGGAUCAAUGACCAAUUCAAGGGCUCCACUUAGGUGAAGCAAUUUUAGGGGCCAAGUUGAUGGAAAGAGGUUAAUGUUUCCUUGAUGUCACAGCACCAAUGUACACAAGGUAACACGGCAGGACCAAACCAGCAGGUACACAGGGGAGUACUUUAUAGUCUCUGUAUGCUUCGAGCAGACUGGUUUGUACAACUUUAAAAGGUUGAUCUGGAACAGCUGAUUCUGCUGUCAGGCCGCCACCUCUGUGGAAGCAUACAGAGGUCUUUAGUAACAAACAGAAGUCUGGAAGUAUUUGUGAGUUUAAUCCAACGUAGCAGAAGUCAGUGAAACUAUACUCACGUCCUUGUUUGUACUGAAUCUCCCACUGAAUCUCGGUUGGAUUAUGAGUGAGUUAAUCUCUUGUGUUUGUUUACACUUCAUUUCCAGCACCUCAAGCUUUCAAAAAUCUCAUGUCCUACACACAAUGUGCAUCAAUAAAUCAA